AUGGAGGAACUCAAAGAUGAGAUCAGUGCCGUGUUGUGGAACCUGGAGAAACCAGAACUCAUCAAGGUGUGUCAGCAUCUGAAGUGCAGCGAGCCGUCAGGACUAUCAGGUGAAAACACAGAUUUUCCUCCAGACACCCCACAGCCAAACAACAGUGAAAGCGGCAAUGCGCCAUCUAGUGGCUACAUGCCCUCACUACGCCAAACCAAGCUCAUCAGGCUCAAUGGGAGAAGAUGCAUGGUCCAGUGCCACUUGGACAACAUACCAGUUGAGGUUCUAUGGGACACUGGAGCUCAGGUUGGAGCCCAGUUUGCGGGGGAGAGCCUGUUGUUUGUUCCAAGUGUCUCUUCACAGCUGCCUGAAGGUCUGGUGAUCCAGGAGGGGCUCGUCACUAUCAGCGAAGCAAGGUUUGCAUGCAUCCCAGUGGCAAUUGCAAACACCACCAAGACGGAUGUCACCAUAUUCCCUCGCACAUUCCUGGACCACCUGGAGGAAACGAAAACGGUGUAUCCUCUCACAAUGGAGCCUCCUGACAAGAUACCAGAGACACCUGAACAGAACAUGGCGCAACAUCCUCUACAGUUAAAUGAGGUAACCAUUCACCCACAGCACAGCAACAAGCCCUCCCAGUGGGAUCCACCUGUUAAGUUAGACCACCUCACUGAUGACGAGCAGCAGAUUGUGAAACAGCUCUUAAGGGAGGAGUGCCAUGCUUUUGCUUAUGAUGAUAAGGACGUGGGAUGCAUCCCCAGCCUAAGCAUGCACAUCACACUGCAUGACACUACUCCUGUUCGAAAAACCUACAUAUCAGUGCCAAAACCCCUGCACCAAGAGGUGAAAGAUCACAUCCUAGAAAAGAAUAUUGGACUCAUGUGCCUCACCGAGACGUGGCAGAAAACUGGUGAUUACCUCAUAUUAAAUGAAGCAUGCCCCCCUGGGUAUUCCUACCUAGACAGGGCACGUGGGACCGGGCGGGGUGGAGGCUUAGCGAUUAUUUACCGGACUGACUUACAUUUGACGCCACUCUCACUUCCCACUCUGUCCUCAUUUGAAUGUUUGGCUUUUACCUGUUCAAACCCAUCUCCACUGACUGUUCUUCUCAUUUACCGGCCACCCAAACCACAUUCAAAGUUCAUCACAGAAAUAACUGAUCUCCUUCUGUCUGUUUGUGCAAAAUCUUCCAAUGUCAUGAUUCUUGGGGACUUCAAUAUUCAUGUUGAGGUCCCCAAGAGUCAGUACUCUAUGGAACUCACCCAACUCAUUGACUCACUUAACCUCACCCAGCAUAUACAUGUUCCAACCCACGCCAAAGGACACACCCUGGACCUCAUCAUUACAAACACCCCCAUAAAAAACCUCUAUGUUUGUGACCUUGGCAUCUCGGACCACAGUGCCAUCUCACUCGACCUCCCCCUGCAAGCAUCAAAUCAUAAGGACAAACGACAAAUCCAUUUCCGCAAAAUAAAAGACAUUGACCAAGACCACCUGACCCGUGACUUCCAUAACCUCACCCAGACUGCCCACCACUUCUCCCCAGAUGCCCUAGUGGACCAUUACAACACUGGACUACAGCUGAUCCUUGACACCCAUGCCCCACUGAAGACUCGGACCGUGACUUUCACAAAAUCUGCUCCGUGUUCUCCUAACUCCACACCUCCCAUUCCAGCUUCCAAAUUUUCCCAGUUUUCCCCUGUCACAGACAGACAGGUGGAGUACGUCAUUCGCAAGAUGAGGCCCUCCACCUGUCACCUGGAUCCACUUCCCACAUCCCUGAUCAAAUCCCAUGUUUCUACACUGAGCCCCCUAAUCACAACUAUCAUCAAUCACUCCCUGCAAUACGGUCACCUGUCACAGUCAUUGAAAACUGCAAUAAUUAAACCACUUCUCAAAAAACCCUCCCUUGACCCUGAAAAAACAUCAAAUUACCGGCCCAUUUCCAAUCUUCCCUUCCUGUCAAAAAUCAUUGAAAAGGUAGUCUCCUCACAAAUUCACACACACCUCCAGUCCUCUUAUCUGUAUGACAAAUUCCAAUCCGGUUUCCGUUCAGCUCACAGCACUGAGACAGCUCUGGUCAGGGUCACCAAUGAUUUGCUGGUGGCCUCUGACCAGGGCUCUCCAUCACUCCUGUUACUCCUGGACCUCUCAGCCGCCUUCGACACUGUUGACCACUCCAUCCUCCACAGACUCCAGCAUUUCAUUGGUCUUUCAGAUACAGUGCUCCAGUGGUUCCGGUCCUACCUGACUGGUAGGGCUGAGUAUGUGGCCCUUGGGGAAGCCAGGUCGAGGUCCCACGCUGUCACCUGUGGGGUUCCCCAGGGGUCAGUGCUGGGACCCAGCCUGUUUUCCAUCUACAUGCUCCCUUUGGGCCACAUCAUCAGCAGGCAUGGAGUCUCCUACCAUUGCUAUGCUGAUGAUACUCAGCUCUAUGUCAGGCUGGACCGGACCUCCUCCCUCUCUAUUCAAUCACUCACCGCCUGCCUGGAGGAGACUAAAGCAUGGAUGAAUGACAAUUUUCUCCAGCUCAACAGCUCCAAAACUGAAUUUCUAUUAAUUGGAACUCCACAUCAACUCAAGUCCUCCCCUUCCACAGUUCUAUCAUUUGCCGGUCACAUAAUCAACCCAACAACUGCCGUUACCAACCUGGGUGUCCGUUUUGACCCCACCCUCUCCUUUGACCUCCAUAUCCAACACAUCUGUAAGACCUCAUUUUUUCACCUCCGGAACAUCUCCAAACUACGCCCCUUCCUCUCCCUCCCCGUUGCUGAGAAGCUGGUCCAUGCUUUUGUCUCCUCUAGGCUGGACUACUGCAAUGCACUCCUCAUCGGGAUCUCUGGAAGAAGCCUUCAACGGCUUCAGUCGAUCCAGAACUGUGCUGCCAGGAUCCUGAUGAGGGUGCCAAAAAGACACCAUAUCACUCCCAUUCUCCAUAACCUUCACUGGCUCCCGGUUAGGUUAAGGCUGGAAUAUAAAAUCUGCCUCCUGACCCAUCAGUGUGUCUAUGGUAGUGCACCAGUGUACCUUAAAGAACUUCUCUCCCCACAUGACCCGACCAGACGCCUCCGCUCCGCCAACAUCAAUUUGCUGAAGGUCCCCAAAACCAAACUGUGUUCCAUGGGGGACAGGGCUUUUCAGGCUGCAGCACCCCGACUGUGGAAUGCCCUACCUGUCCACCUGAGGGCACCACAGUCGGUGGACUCAUUUAAAUCUCGCCUGAAAACGUUUUUGUUUUUGAAACGCUACACUGGUGACCCCGACAUCAUUCCCGUUGAAGUUUCAGUGACUGAUCAGAACUUUGAACAGAGCAGCAUGGCACAUGCCACCGUUCUGAAGCUACCGGAGUUUUGGGAGACAUCGGCGGCUAUGUGGUUCGCGCAGGCGGAGGCUCAGUUCGCUCUCCGGGACAUUACUGAUGACACCACGCGCUAUUACCACGUUGUGUCAGCGCUUGGGAGCUCCACCGUGGCCAGAGCAGAGGCCUUCAUCACGGCUCCCCCCGCCCGGGAUAAAUACGCAGGUCUCAAAGCUUAUCUCCUAAAGACUUUUGAACUGUCACGCUCGGAACGAGCCCGCAGCCUCCUCGCUAUCCAGGGCUUAGGGGACAGUAAGACGUCCGAGCUCAUGGAGAGCAUGCUUAACCUGCUGGGCGCAGAGGAGCCGAACUUCCUCUUUAUGGAACUGUUUCUGCGACACAUGCCGCCGCCCACAUAG